AAAUGCUAGCGGAUGAAGGCAGGAAGUUUGAUGCUGUUCUCUCUUUAGAGGUCAUCGAGCAUGUAGCCAACCCUGCAGAGUUCUGCAAGUCGUUGUCAGCAUUGACCAUCCCCAAUGGGGCUACAAUACUUUCUACAGUUAAUCGCACUAUGCGAGCAUAUGCAUCAACCAUUGUUGGAGCAGAGUACAUCCUACGUUGGCUUCCUAUAGGCACACAUCAAUGGUCAAGUUUUGUAACUCCUGAAGAACUGAGUAUGAUAUUACAACGUGCUUCAGUCGAUGUGAAAGAGAUGGCUGGAUUUGUGUACAACCCAAUAACAGGAAGAUGGUUAUUGUCAGAUGAUAUUAGUGUCAACUAUAUUGCUUAUGGGACGAAAAGGAAGGAUCUUGGAGACAUAUAAUCAAUCGUUCCAAGUCGUGUUUCUCUGCAUAUCUGCUUCUGAGUUACAACUCUAGUUUAUGCUUUAAAAAGUAGGUACUCUGGAAGUUGGUUAGGACGAGGACAGUAGUUAUAUUUGCAAAUAAGUGAGAAACAUUCAAAGAAGAUUAGUUUUGCCUGUUACACAUCAGCAGAUUUGGUCUUCUGGAUCACACUUAUGUCAGCUCUCUGAGAGAAGAUUAGUCUUUGAAUAUACGUUUUGUGGUAAAUAUGGCAUAGUUCGGAGGACCAAAGCUUUUUUUUU